UGGCGGUCGUGUAUACACCCAGAAGGCGCGUUAUAUUUGUACAAUGACGACAAGAGGACGUUCUCUGAAGCAAACAUGGAUGAAGCUUCGUUCCGCUUGAUGGACCGAUGCAUGGAUGCGUUAUACGACCUGGCACGGACGAAGUUAGCGAACCUCAAAGCUGAGGACACCGAGCUCUUCGUACAAGUAGCGCAACCACAAGCGAAUUCUUGUCAAUACUACUUCGUCAACCAUUCAAACCGAACGCUCUUCUGGCUGCACAAUCAUAAUGAAGCAACAGAUGACAUUUUUGAUGGGCUUAGAGGUGUCCGCGAUCCGAGUCACAUUCGAUGUGCCUUGGAGUCUCAGUACUGGAUGCACUGCGAACGCUACCCAAAUCACAAGCUGGAUCGAGUCAAGCUCCUGAAAGAACUGAGGGAAGUUGUCGUGCAUGCGAGUGCAGAGAUCAUCACUUCGGAUACUUCUGUGUCGCCUUUUGGUGCUGACGAACUUUCGCGAAUCCUAGAGCUAGUUAACCAUCUUCAAGGUGCGACACUUUAUACUCGGUGUAAUGUACCCAGAAGAUUCACUGUUUUAACUGUAGCGAGGUUCAUGCAUUACUUCUGUAGAUCCAAGUAUUUCAAUUUCUGCGGUCUACCUUGUGCUCGUCUCGAUGCCGACAAAUCUGUAUACAACGAAGCCACUAGCUUCGAUCCACUGACCAGCAGUCUUUCUUUGGCCCUUGACGCCAUGCUGUUUUGGGCUCCGCGAGCACAUUUGAACGACCUUCGAAGAGUAUGGGUGGAUAAGUGCCUCAACUCGCCGCGGUGGAAAGACUACAACACGAAAAUCAUGGCGGAGUGGACCGGAAUCUCGAUAUACUCUACCGUCAUGUUAGCCGUAGAUGUGAGUUUCCUUGCAGUGCCGAAUGUGAACAUCAGCUCGUCGCAGUCGAUCGGAAUCAUUGCUACCUAUCUCUCGAUCAUCUCCAUCACUGGCUCCUUGAUCGUCUCAGUCCUGUUGGUCCGUCAAAACCAGAGAUAUGGUUGUGAAUCAGCAGACAAAGCAGUAAACUUCCUGUACAGUAUGACGGGCACGGUUUUCGGGGAUAAAGCCCUUGCGACGGUCAACAGUCUCCCUUAUGCCAUGCUCAUGUGGGGGAUGAUCUACUUCUCAACUGCUCUGCUGUACAACGUGUUCAAGUCCACGACGACGUCCAUGUUGGCAUCGGUUGUCAGCGGAUGCGUGGUUGUUACCAUGUUCAUUCUAUGGUUCAUCUGGGCAGCAAGAGAGGUUCAUAUUUUCACGCGAUUGGCUAAGCUCGCCCUUCCUGCCAUAGCACGAUAG